CUACCACUACCACAAUCAUGGACUUUAACGUGACCACAUACUUUAACGCAUUUGAUGUGGAUAAACAGUAUGAGUUGGACGUAUCAGAUAUCAAUUCCAAACUCGAAAGUGUCACGAAUCUUUUAGCAGAUAAUCCUGAAUCAAUUAAUCUUAAUCAUGAAUUAUUUGAAGAUCUUAUUGAUUUAAUUCAUGGAUUUAAAUCUCUUGAAGUUAAACAUCAAAAGCAAUUAGCAUAUUUAAUCACUUCAUCAUUUAAUGCCAUUGGAAAUCUUUAUGGAGGAAUAUUAUCAAGUGGAGGAGAUUAUAUUGAUAAUUUAGAAUUUUAUAAAGGAACACUUGAAAGAUUUGGAUAUCUUAUAUUUGUAUUAGCAAAACAUUUAGGUAAAGAAGAAUUUACCAAAACCAAUGGGAAAUUUCGUAGUGGAGAAAUAUCAUCAAAAUGGAAAUCAAAUUGUAUUGAGGUUGAAGAUUGUUUAACAUCAAUUGUAUCAGUAUUAAAAAUUGAACUUUCAAAAAUAUUUAUAACAUCACCAGAAAGAAAUCUGUUUAUUGAAUUAUUUACAAGACCAAUUAUGAAUUUAAUGGAAAAUCCUGAUAGAAUGAAAGUUACAUCAAUAAAAUUACUUAUAUUUAAAAUUAUGGCAUUAUCAGUUAAAAAUCAUGAUCAUAGUACAAUUAUUCAACAUAAUAUAAUUCAAUGUUUAACUUAUUAUAUUCAUUUACCAAUUUAUAUGGCAGAAUUACUUCAUAUAAUUGCAACUGAAUAUAAUUAUUAUUUAUUAAUUGAAGAAGUUUUACGAGAAAUAUCUCAAAUUCAAUUUAAUGCCAAUGAUACAAAUGGUCCAAAAACUGUUUCUGAAUUUCUUAUAAGACUUUCAGAAUUAAGUCCAAGAUUAAUUCUUAAACAAAUGAGUUAUAUAGCUCAAUUAUUAGAUAAUAGUAAUCAAUCUUUAAGAUGUUCAGUAGUUGAAACUUGUGGAAAUAUUGUCGUUGAUAUUUUAAAAAAUAAACAAAAUGAUGAAAGUGAAGAAUUAACUAAUAAUGGGGUUGAAGGUUUACUUGAUUUACUUCAAGCUCGAGUUUUAGAUCAAAAUCCUUAUGUUAGAACUAAAGCAUUUCAAGCUUUAACUAAAGUAUUAGCUUUAAAUAUUAAAAUGCCUUCAAGAAGACAAAAAUUAAUAAUUAUUGCCGUAAGAUCUUUAGAUGAUAGAAGUACUUUAGUACGUCGUAAUACAAUUAAAUUCUUAUCAAAAUUAAUAUUAACUCAUCAAUUUACGGCCAUUAAUGGUUCUCAAUUAAAAUAUUCUUUAUGGAAGGAAAGACUCGAUGAAGCAGAAGCUGAAUUAUUAAAAUAUUUACCAUUAUCACCUAAAAAGAAGAAACGUAUUUCAAGAAUCGAUGAAGAUGAAGAUGAUAUGGAAAUCGAUCAAGAAGGUGAAAAGGAAGAAGAAGAGGAAGAGGAAGAAGAACAACAACAACAACAACAACAAAAUGAUGAACUUAGCGAAUCAGAUAAUGAAGAUAAUGAUGAAGUUGAUGAAGCAGAACUUAAUGCUGCAUUAAUGGAACAAGAACAAAAUCUUCCUGAUACAACAGUUUUAUUUAGAGCUAAACUUAAAGCCAAUUAUUUUAAAGAUGCUAUUGAUUUUAUUGAAGCUAUUCAAAAUGGUACAGAAAUAGUUUCUCGAUUAUUAUUUUCAAAAAAUAGAAAUGAAGCUAUUGAUUCAAUGGAUUUCUUAGUUCUUGCUGAUGCUUAUGGAGUUGAAAAUGCAGAAGAAGGAAUUAGAAGAAUGCUUCAUUUAGUAUGGAUGAAAGGAUCUUCUGAUGAAGGUAAAUCUGUACCAUCUCAUUUAAUUGAUUGUUAUAAAGAUUUAUUUUUAACUGCUCCAAAAGAUAUUUCAAGAUUAGAUCAAACUUUAAUUAUUGCCAAAAAUCUUAUAGGAUUAACUUUAAAAGCUUCAUUAGCAGAUCUUGCAUCAUUAGAAAAAUUAUUAGGAAUGAUGUAUGAACAAGAAUUAAUUGCUCAAGAUAUUAUUAAAGUAUUAUGGCUGAUAUUUAGUAUUGAAUCAAUAUUAGAUGAAUCUCAAUCUAAACAAAGAUUAGGAGCAAUUAUAAUCUUAGGAAUGUUAGCUCUUACUGAUCAUUCAAUUGCUGUAAAGGGAUUUGAUUCAUUACUUAAUAUUGGACUUGGAGAUAUUGGAAAACAAGAUUUAGAACUUGCAAAAUAUACUUGUAUUGCUCUUCAAAGAUUAGUUCCAAGUGAUCAACUGAAACAAAUUACUAGAGAAGAUGAAUUUAAUGAAAAAUUAACUGAUAUACUUUUGAUAUAUAGUGAACAAUCAGAUUGGUUUGGAGUAGCAGAACAAGCUAUUGGAGCUAUAUAUCAAGUAUCUUCAAAUCCAGAAAUUAUUUGUACACAAGUAAUUAAACGGAAAACUUUAUCAGUAUUUAAAGAAAUUUCUCAAAAUGAGAGUAAAACAAUUUCAUUAUCUCAAUUAUUAUUUAUUGUAGGUCAUAUUGCUAUAAAAACUAUUGUUCAUCUUGAAAAAUUAGAAGGGAAAUUUAAAAAGAAAAAGCAUGAAGCUGAAACUAAAAAGAGUAAUUCUAAAGAUGAUGAAGAAAAUACUGAUGAAUUAGAAAUGAUUGGUGGUACAUCAGAAGAUGAUUUCACUGAUGCAGUAAAUCAUGUUAAAGAACGAGAAUUACUUUAUGGAGAUAAUUCUUUAUUAUCUAAAUUUGGUCCACUUGUUACUGAAAUUUGUGCUAAUAAUCAUAAUUAUAAUAAUACAGGAUUACAAAGAUCAGCAGUUUUAUGUAUGAUUAAAUUAAUGUGUGUUUCAUCAAUAUAUUGUGAACUGAAUUUACCAUUAUUAAUUACUAUAAUGGAAAAAUCUGAUGAUCCAAUAAUUAGAUGUAAUUGUGUAUUAGGAUUAGGAGAUAUGGCAGUUUGUUUUAAUAAUAUUGUUGAUGAAAGUACUGAUUUUAUUUAUCGUCGAUUAACUGAUGAAAAUAUGAUGGUACAAAGAACAUGUCUUAUGACGGUAACAUUUUUAAUUUUAGCAGGUCAAGUUAAAGUUAAAGGUCAAUUAUCAUCAAUGGCUAAAUGUCUUGAAAAUCCUGAUCAAGGAAUUAGUGAUAUGGUUAAAUUAUUCUUUGCAGAAUUAGCUACAAAAGAUAAUGCUAUAUAUAAUGGAUUUAUUGAUAUAUUUAGUGGAUUAUCAAAUGAUGAAGCAUUAUCAAAGGAUUCACUUAAGAGAAUUUUAAAAUUUUUACUUUCAUUCAUUGAUAAAGAAAAACAACAAAAACAAUUAUCAGAGAAAUUAUUAAUUAGACUUUCUAAAUGUCAAACUGAAACACAAUGGAAUGAUGUGGCAUUUGUUUUAUCUACAAUUCCAUAUAAGAAUGAAUCGAUAACAGCUGCAUUAGAUGAAGGAUUUAAAUUAGUUCUGGCGAGAACUUAGGAUAGAAUAGAUAUAUGUAGUAUAUAAUAGAUAGAUGUACUAAUAGGUAACACAUACUAUAUAGGUAAUAUGUUGUGUAAAAGGUAAUGUGUACUAUAUAAUAGAUAGAUGUAAUGUAUUUGGUAGUAUAUACUAUAAUAUAUACAACAUAUACUCUGUAUAAGUACUAAGUAUAGUUUAUGUAGUAGAAUAUACUUGUAUAUUGAGAUAAAACUAGACAAUGGGAGAUGCAAGCAUAAAAGUAGAGGAAAUGUGUAGAUAUAUAUAGGAUC